UUCUAGAAAUUGACCAGACUAUGGAGAAACCAAAAAUGGAGGAUAUUGAGCGUAUUGGCAACUGCAAGUAUUGCAACAAGAAGGAUGAUGGCCCCACGUGUAUUCAUUGCGAGCUAGAUGAACUAUUCCAGGAAUACGAGGCUAGGCUAUUUCGUUUUAACAAAUCUCGUAGGGGAUUAAUGGAACUUGCAGCUGCUGAAGAGACAGUACAUUUGCAGAAGAAGAGAUCUGCCCUUAAUCUUUUCUUUAUUGGUUUGUCAUCAAAGAAUAAGGAUUCAAAUGCACCGCAUGGUGACAAUGAGGAGCCCACCAAAAGAAAUGCUGGUGACGCUGUGUUCGUAAGUUACUUGAUCUUUAAAUUCAUUACUGACAAGAAAGCAUAACCACAUUUAUGUUUGGCCUUC